CGGCGUCGCUCCGCCACACGACGCUCCUCCGGCCGCCGGGGGUGCGGAGGCCGCGGCAGGGCCCCUCUAGCCCGCGGCGGCCGCUCGACUGCUCUGCGGCGCUGUCCCUUCCUGCGCCCAGGCCGCCGCCUUCGAGCAGUUCCCCCGGCAACGUCUCCGAGCCGUUCCCCCGGCAACGCUCGGCUGGCGCAGUCCCGGCCGCCAUGGACUCGCUGUCGGGCGCUGGGCCUCGCCGGGGUCGCGGCCGCUUGGGCGAGGCGUCCCCUGGAGCGCGGGCUGCGGCGGCGCCCUGGGCGCGCUUCUCGGCCUGGCUGGAGUGCGUGUGCGUGGUCACCUUCGACCUGGAGCUAGGCCAGGCGCUGGAGCUGGUGUACCCCAGUGACUUCCGGCUCACGGACAAGGAGAAAAGCAGCAUCUGCUACCUGUCUUUUCCCGACUCCCACUCAGGCUGCCUCGGAGACACUCAGUUCAGCUUCCGCAUCCGGCAGUGUGGUGGGCAGAGGAGCCCCUGGCAUGCGGAAGACAGACACUACAACAGUGGGGCUCCCGUGUCCUUGCAAAGGGAGCCGGCACACUACUUUGGUUACGUGUACUUCAGGCAGGUGAAGGACAGCUCCGUGAAGAGGGGCUACUUCCAGAAGUCUCUGGUGCUGGUAUCCCGCCUGCCCUUCGUCCGGCUGUUCCAGGCGCUGCUGGGCCUCAUUGCCCCUGAGUACUUCGACAGGCUGGCACCGUGCCUGGAAGCGGUGUGCAGUGAGAUUGACCAGUGGCCCGCCCCCACGCCUGGGCAGACCCUGAAGCUGCCUGUCAUGGGAGUAGUCCUCCAGGUUCGCAUCCCGUCCAGGGUGGACAAGCCAGAAUACAGUCCUCCGAAGCAGUGCAGCCAUGAGAGUCUGCUGCCCACCCCAGUGGUCCUUGCCAGUGUCCACGAACUGGACCUGUUCAGGUGUUUCCAGCCAGUGCUGACCCACGUGCAGACUCUGUGGGAGCUCAUGCUCCUGGGGGAGCCCCUGCUGGUCCUGGCGCCCUCACCCGCCAUGGCCUCCGACCUGGUGCUGGCUCUGAUCAGCUGCCUGCAGCCCCUCAAGUUCUGCUGUGACUACCGCCCCUAUUUCACCAUCCAUGACAGCGAGUUCAAGGAGUUCACCACACGCACGCAGGCCCCACCAAACGUGGUCCUGGGAGUCACAAACCCUUUCUUUAUCAAAACACUCCAGCACUGGCCCCACAUCCUCCGUGUUGGGGAGCCCAAGAUGUCAGGGGAUCUUCCUAAGCAGGUCAAGCUGAAAAAGCCCUCUAGGCUGAAGACCCUGGACACCAAGCCAGGCCUCUACACGGCUUACUCCGCCCACCUCCACCGAGACAAGGCGCUGCUGAAGCGGCUGCUCAAGGGCCUGCAGAAGAAGAGGCCGUGGGACACACAGACGGCAUCGCUGAGGCGGCACCUCCUGGAGCUCACCCACAGCUUCAUCAUCCCCCUGGAGCACUACAUGGCCAGCCUCAUGCCCCUGAAGAAGAGCAUCACACCUUGGAAGACUCCUCCCCAGAUCCGCCCCUUCCGCCAGGAUGACUUCCUGCGCAGCCUGGAGCACGCAGGGCCCCAGCUCACCUGCAUUCUCAAGGGCGACUGGCUGGGCCUGUACAGGCGGUUUUUCAAGUCCCCUCACUUUGAUGGCUGGUACCGGCAGCGGCACAGAGAGAUGGCCCAUAAGCUGGAGGCCUUGCACCUUGAAGCUAUCUGUGAGGCGCAGAACAUUGAGACCUGGAUGAAGGACAAGUCUGAAGUGGAGGUCGUGGACCUAGUCCUGAAGCUUCGGGAGAAGCUGGUGCAGGCGCAAGGCCACCAGCUCCCGGUGAAGGAGGCGACGCUUCAGCGGGCACAGCUGUACAUCGAGACAGCCAUCGGCUCUUUGCCCAAGGACCUGCAGGCUGUCCUGUGCCCCCCCUAGGACAGAGCCAAAGGGCGAGGUGCAGGGAUCUGGGUCUGGCCCAGCUUCCUUAUCCUCAGUGAGAGGUGGUCCCAACCAAGCACGAGCUCCCUGCUGCUGCUCCCCAGCCUUGGCCUCCUGUCAGCACCACUGUUGUUCCAGCAGUAAAGGUGGCAUUUGGAACCACA